AUGGAUAACCACAAUGUCCAAGUUUAUCCUUACUGCCAUAAAGUUGUAGUCAUAACAUGCCUUGUCGUAGUAGUCUUUCCGCCUGGAAUCGCAGGUGAAUGCACUUGGAACACCAAAGUUGAUCAACAGGGAAACAACAGAAACAGUAGCGAAUCCCUUAGAUACAAACUUAUUUCAAUAUUUUCAGUUUUGAUUGCUGGUGCAAUUGGGGCCAGCCUCCCAGUUUUGGCAAGGAAAAUUGAAGCACUGAGGCCUGAAAAUGAUAUUUUCUUCAUGAUCAAGGCCUUUGCUGCUGGUGUCAUUCUAUCCACUGGUUUCAUCCACAUAUUGCCUGACGCAUUUCAGAUACUGACAUCACCUUGCCUACAAGGCAUGGACCCUUGGGGGAAAUUUCCUUUUGCAGGUUUUUUUGCCUUGCUCACAUCUGUUGGAUCUUUGAUGAUUGAUACAUUUGCGACUAGUUUUUACCAAAAGAGGCGCUUUCACAUACCUAAGCAGGUCAAUAUUGUAGACGAGGAAGCUGCCUCUGCUAGGGAUGAACAUGCUGGUAACAUACACAUUCAAAAUCACGGAUCAACUUCCAUAAGAUCUGAUCGAGAAAUGAUGAAGCUAUCUGAAAAUAUUCGAAAUCGUAUCAUACCACAGGUCUUGGAGCUAGGAAUUCUGAUCCACUCCAUAAUAAUUGGAGUUUCCUUAGGUGCUUCACAAGAUACCGGAAUGAUAAAGCCUCUAUUGGUUGCUCUGUCAUUCCAUCAAUUCUUUGAAGGCAUUGGGCUUGGAGGCUGCAUUUCCCGGGCAAAAUUCAAGUCUAUAUCAACCACAAUCAUGGCAGUUCUUUUUUCUCUCACAACUCCAGUAGGAAUUGGGAUUGGAAUAUCAAGAGUGUAUAAUGCCCAUAGCUCUAGUGCUCUAAUAGUAGAAGGGAUACUGAAUUCUGCUGCUUCUGGGAUUUUAAUUUACAUGGCCCUCGUUGAUCUGCUAGCAUCAGAUUUUAUGAAUCCAAGGAUGCAAAGUAAUAUCAGACUUCAGUGUGGGGCACAUAUUUCACUUCUUCUUGGAGUUGGGUGCAUGUCUGUGAUGGCUAAAUGGGCAUGAAUGUCACACUUUCUUCUUGGAGUUAGCAAUUUAUGGAUUUGAAAGAGAAUAAAGGAAAAACAGAGUUCCAUAAGUUUUAAUGACAGGAAGAGCAAUUUAUGGUUCUUUUUUUUUUUUUUAAAAAAAAGUUAGUACAUGCAUUCCUAUUUUCCCAUGUAAUCAUGUGAUCAGAUAUAUCAACAGGUAUUUCAACAGCUAAUUAAUAGCAGUAAUUUUUUUUCCAGCAAAAUACUUAUAUUUUCA